AUGGAGGAGCAAACCGAUGCACCGAAGCAGGCUCCUUCAGGUGAGAAGAUCUUUGACGAGUUGCCGACGUUUGUUGCACCGGUAACGACGGCUCUUGGUGGUGCAGCUGGAGAACACCAGGCUACCCGAUACGACUUGAACGACAACUUCUCCAUCUUCAAAGUGGACGAUGAUCAGCAGAAGCCGCCGCCGGAAGAAGCCGCCCAAAAGAAUCUCGACUUUAGCAAUCCCGAUGCGUUCGUCAUCGGCCAGCCUCCCACUCAGAACUACGUCCACCUGGACUUUGAUCUCGACCCGCUAGCCUCCUCCGCUACGGUGAGCACACCUCCGCAGGCCUCCACCGCAAUAACCAAAGCCAACUUGCUGGAUGACGAUCUGGAUGACUGGAGCACCGAAGCACACAAGCAGCAGCCAAUAAUCUCCGCCACAGAACAAUCCUCAUUCACUGAACCACCGAAGCCACUGGAGCAAGUUGGUGUCAAUGUGACCAACAUCAUGGAGACCUCCUGCAUCGACAACCUGCUGGCGGACCUGCCCGAGGAGACCGACGAGGAGGAGGACGAGGCCAGCAAUCGAAGCAGCAACAACAACAACAACCAGAACGAAUCGGACUGGUACUUGAAAGAGACGCAUGUUAAGGAAAAGGAAAGCUCUUCCUUCCUUCACGAGGAGAGCAUUGUCACCACCUCCAAUGUGGUCUUCGAGCCUUCAGAGCCGGAGGCGGUCAGUCUGCCGCCCAGCAGCGGCAGUCCCGAUCGCCCGCAGCAGCAGCAGCAGCAAUUCACUUACGGUGACACAUCACUGGAAAGCAGCCUUCGGACCAGCACCGAGGUGAAGGAGAUGUCCUUUGAGGAGUCCUCUUCACUUUGGUCCACCUCCUCGGUUACUCAAACUACAACUACGGCGAUCACCGGUGAACCUCAAGAGCCGCAGCAGCAGCAACCGAACAGCCCAGUGACCAGCGAAAGUGGCGCUCCGAAGAGUACUCGAAGUCGGCCUUCACAGCCGCCGCCACCACCUCCCCCUGCAACAAUGUCCUCCUCCUCAUCAUCAGAUCUGGACGACGGUCAUCGGGGUGGUGGUGCUCAGAAGUCCCCUGAACAAUCGGAACAGAACAAACCAGCCGAACUUUGGACCUUUGAUUCGCCUGCUGCUGGUAGUGGUGGUCAGGCAGCUGAAACCACGAUCGCCAGUGCCAGCAGUAGCAGCUUCUUCAGCAGUGCUGCUCCGGUGGUAACAGAGACAGUGGCCGCAGCAGUUUUGCCGCCGCUACCAUCGUCGCCACCGUCGUGGUCGACGUCGGCUGCUCCUGUUGCUCCUGUUGCCACCACUGCCGUUGCUGACAACACGACGACGACGACAGCCCGGCAGGCAAGUGUCGACGACGACGUGAGCAACAGCAGCAGCAGCAGCUAUCCUCAAGAAGAGCAGCAGCCCACGUCAGCCGAGGCCAUCUUCUCCUCUCUUGGCUCGAGUUUUGUACCGCCGUCACCGCCGUCACCACCAUCAGUGCAACUUCAAUCUUCAACAAGUGCUGUGCCUCCUCCUCCUGUUCCUUCGGUUAAAGAAGAAGAGGAAGUAGUGGUCGAGACCAAGAAGAAGACUGAGAGUGAGACACUGAGCUGGUCACCGCCGUCGCCUGUGAAAGAAGUGCCCCCUAAGGAAGAAGAAGUGGUCGUGAAGCAGUCGCCGGCUUUUGAAGCACCUAAGCAGCAGCAGCUAAAGUCUUCCUCCUCCUCUACCACAAUGGGACGCAAAAACCGCCGAGACAACUCUUCGGAUGAUGGCGCCGACCACGCCGCUGGUUCCGGUAAGAUUUUUGUUUUUACAACUUUGACCCCUUUCUAA